AUGAACCAACUGAACCAACCUCAGUACUCAUAUUGUUUGCCACAAGAGAGUGUAGCCGUGCCACUCUCAGCGACUGCGCCAAAUCCAAAUUAUCACAUUUGGCAUAACGGUCAGUCCACUGGAUGGCCAAUAGCGAGACCUCAAGCUCCUACACUUGCCAAUAAGAAACCUAAGCGAGUGAGAACUGCAUUCACAACGGAUCAGCUGAUGGCGCUAGAAAAUGAAUUCAAGCAAUGCCGGUUUUUGGCCCGUCCACGACGUCUGCAGCUGGCAGAUAUACUACGUAUUAAUGAACGUACCAUUAAAAUAUGGUUCCAAAAUCGGCGCAUGAAACAAAAAAAGGACCUGGCAGAAAGCCAAAGCUCUUCUGCUGAGAGUUCAGAAGAUAAUCAGAGUCCAAUACUGCAGUACCACGUCGUGAUCCCGAGUUAUCCAGCGGCAGGAGCAUGCGCGCCGACCACAUCAAAUGUAUUACCGGAACAACAUCAAUAUUCCCCGAACAUGUAUUGGGAAACUCAGCCGGUUAUUCCGCCGGGCAAUGCUCCGGCACAACAGUGGCAGCCUGCAGUACAAGGUCUUCCUCCGCAAGAAGCAAGUUAUACUCCAGCAGCAUCUGUUCCGUCGCAACUAACGGAACAUCAUCAAUAUUCCCCGUACAUGAAUGGGGAAACUCGUCCAACUGUUCCUCUGGACAAUAUCCCGGAACAGUAUCUGCAACAAGAAGUACUAGCUCCUCUUCUACGGGAAGCAAGUCAUAAUUCAGCAGAGCAGCCGGCCCAGGAUGUUCACAACGAUCACAAUAACUUUUCAUGGCCUCAGCUUGAACUCGGAGACCAACUCUUGUUACCAUUGUAA